CCGCGAUCAAUCAGCUGACUCGGCGCGAUGGCGGAAACGUGGCUCGGGGUGCCCAAUGCUGCUGGUUCUGGUGGGAGUCCGGGCUGUCGGGUCACCGGGCAGCAGCAGGAGGAGGAGGAGGAGGAAGCCGAGGAGGAGGAGGAGGAAGAAGAGGAAGAAGACGGCCGCGGGCCUGGAGGUGCGCCGAGGAGCCCCGGGCCGGGCGCGCCCCGGACGGUGAGCGAGCAGGAGGCGCUGCUGCAGCGGACGGCCCGCUUCUACUCGGACUGUUUGACGGCCAGUGCUGGGCAGGAGACUCAGCAAUUGGAGACAUGUUUAGAAGAAAUGCUUACCAGAGUGGAUGAAUUCUGUGGGAUGCUGGACAUGAUUCGAAAUGAUUCUUCACAGAUAAUGAAUGAAAGUAUCCCUGAAAUCCAUGCCAAAGCUGAUGAAAUGAAGCAAAUGUACAAAAAGAUUGAUAAACUUGAGGCCUUUGUUAAGAUGAUUGGGAAGAAUUUAUCUACGCUGGACGAUCAAGUAACACAGGCUGAAGCUGAGCUUGGAACCUUUCCCAGUGCAUUUAGAAAAAUCUUGCAUUCAUUCAGUUCUUCAGCAUUCUUUAACAAACCAUCCUUUCCAAAGAAGCAGCAGCAAAAAUUUGAGGUUGCACCUCUCUUCCGGGCAGAAGAUUACUUCCCUGCAGAGAAUUCACAGGAACAUGAAUGAUAAUACUGAAAUAAUAGCAGCACAAAUGAGGGGAUCCAAUUUGUUGAACCCUGAUGGAUGUACUUAAUAAGAACCUUAUGGACAAUAUUGAACCAGUGUUAAAAUUGUGGUGAAACAAAUCUUGUCUUCCUUUUGAAUCUUCCAAAAAUUACUUGAGGUACCACACUGUUGCCUAAAUAUACGCACUGCUGGAUGGUUGGUUUUGACUGGUUUUAGAUGUUUGUGUAUAAAUUAAUGGUUGUCAAACUUGUGCUUUUGAGCUCUUUCAAAAAUUCAGUUCUCUUUUGAGACUGGAUUUGUUUAUAGCAGUGUCUCGUAUCCUAAGCCAUAAUUUUUGCACUUUUUGGUCAUAGUGAUAUGAAGUUUCCAAAAUCUGUUUUGAUUAAUUAUACCAGAUCUUAGUAGCAGGAAUUCCCAAAUCGCUAAAUUAGAUGUUUUGUUUUUAUAUUUUACUAAUGACUGUAUUAGGCACUGGAUUUUGAAUUUUUUUUGCUUUGAAAAAUAUUAAAUUGCAGCAGUAUUUCAGUUUUUAAAUGCAUGCGGUGCAUCUGUUUUAAUGGUUAAAAUGGUACAAGAUGCAUUCUACUUCCAAACACAUUUGAAAGCAGAUCAGGUGGUGAUCUUUUAUUAGGAAUAUUAGAAUCCACCUACAAGUGUAUUUUUGGUACGAGGGAGUGUUUAGUUUGCACUAGUACUCAAAUGGCUUUACAGAUAAACUUCUGGGAAUUUCGUAGAUUGGACAGUGACACUGGAUGUGUGUUGUGUUUAUUGCACCAACGAACCACCUCCUAAAAUGAGCUCCAGGAAGAGGACUUGCGCCUAUCAACUUUAGUAUGCUCAGGACUCAAAUGUUUGGCACUGAUUAAUAUCAAAAAGAUAGUCACCCACGCAAGUAAAUAUUAGGAAGGGAGACAAGCUAAAUGAAACAGAAAUGCUUUGCUCUGGCUAACCAGUGUGUAUGUCCCAGCUCUGAAGAUUAUAUAGCUGGCCAUCUUCCAUCAACUAUCACAGCCGUUGGUGACGUCCCGUCCACUGGUUCUGGCUGGUGACUUAACCAGCAUCAGCAAUGCAGCUGGACAAUCUGGCAGGGCUGACGGCAACCUGACAUCUCCAGGCUCCUGAUGGAAGCAAUUAUAAGAUGCCAAACUACAUAGGGUUGCUGAAGAUGACACAAGGGGAAUACCAAAGUACUACACCUGGUUGAGACCACACAGCUCAGCCUGGUCCCAGACUACUACUGUGUCCCAAGCUCUUGUGGUCAAAUCCACUGAUGCCGUGCUGCUGUUCCUUGCUAACCGCUGCCACCUACAGGAAAAGCAGAAGAGUGGCAAGGGGACAUGGAAGGUGAACGUCAAACUGCUGACCCUAGAAAACAUUGAGGGACUUAAAAGGGAUUAAAAGAUCCAUGAAAUCCCUUCUUUGACUCCCUGGUGGGAAGCACUCAAGGUGGUUCUUCAUCCGCAAAGGUGUUGAGAAGGUAAAGGAGCACCAAAGUGAAUUGCAGAAGUUCCAGAGAAUUGUGCAGCAUUUGCUCUUUGCCAUUUGAGGGAUUGGAUGUGCAGAAAGAUCUCCAAGAGGUAAGGAGCCAGCAAGUCUCGCUCUUUGCCUCUGAAUUCUCCAAGGUCAUCUUCCAAUUCAGUUUGCUCUGUGGAGCAAGAUGAGACACAGAAGAUUCACGGAGGGAGCUCUGCAACUUAAGGAAGAGCACAGCUCGGUAACAGCCAGGUAUAUUGAGGAUCUGCAGAUCCUUCUACGCUAGCCUUGCAAUUGGCAGGCCACAGACAGCUCAACCUCCCAGAACAUUGGGUCCUUGAUCUUGAAGACUGUAGACAACAGCAAGAAGGAGAGUCUGAACCAGCCACUGACUCUGGAGAAGCUGAUGGGCUCCAUCUGUUCCCUUGAGAAGAAUAUAACUCCCAGAAGCAACGGCUUACCAGCUAAGUUGUACUCGGCUCAGUGGGACUGGAUGGGCCCCAACUAGCAACAUCGCCCUCAUCUACAAACAGAAGUGGGAGAGGGAGGAGAUCAGAAAUUGGUGAUCCAUCUCACUGUUGAAUGUGGUUUGCAAGACUCUGUCCAAGGUCGCUUUCAAUCAAAAGUCUGCUCUGGGAUGGGUGAUCCAAACCUGUGCUGUACCUGGCAGGAAAAUAUCUGACAAAUUUGUGCUCCUCAGGGAUACCGUCAACUAUGUGUGGGACAGGGGUGAACAGCUGCCUAUUCAGCUAGGACCAGGAGAAGGCCUUUGAUAGAGUAUCACACUUGUACAUGUUGGAUGUGCUCUUCAAAAUGGGCUCUGGGGAGGGAAUCAGGAAUUGGAUCCAGCUGCUCUACACAGAUAUCAGUAAUGCAGUCCAAAUCAACGGGUGGGAAACAGAGCUUCCUGUCAAGUCUGGAGUCAGGCAAGGCUGCCCACUCUCCUCUGUCUUGUUUAUAUGUUGUAUCGAGCCCUUUGCUGAAUCCAUGAGGAAGGGUGUGGGCAUAAUGAUGCCAGGUAGUGGGCGCACUCUGAUCAAGGCCUCGCUGUAUGUGGGCGAUGUCACCAUCUUCUGCUCAGUCCCACAUUUGGUCUGCAGAUUGACCAAUAUCUGUGACUGUUUGAACUGGCCUCAGAGACCAGAAUCAAUUGCAACAAAAGUGAGGUCACGUUCUUUGGCAACUGACCCAACUGAUCCUCAGUGGAGGGAACAGUCAAAUCUGACUACCUAAAAGUGCUGGGAAUCUGGUCUGGGGGGAGCCAAACAUGUGGCAAGAAUUGGCUGGAGUGAAUAGCAAAGGUGAAACAGAAAUGGGGACUGUGGGAAUGGCGCUCCCCCUCAAUGGCAGGCAAGAACCCGGUCAUCACAAGCGAGGUGCUCUCGGUGGUACUGUACUUGGUGUAGGAGUGGCCUGUACUCUGUUACUGCACCACGGCAGUCACCCAAACCAUCUUCCAUUUUGUCUGAAGAUCCAAAAUGGAUCAUGCCCUUAGGGCUGCAGAGGUCUCUAGAGAAAGAGUCAAUGUUGGAGACGUUUUGCCCUCAUUCCAGUGGCCACCUUUCUGUGCAGCUGCAUCAAGCUGUGCAGGGAACCAAAGUAUGCAAACACCAAGUGUCACUACAUGCUGAGGAUCUACGUGUUCCCAGUGUUGUGAAGGAUGGGCUUGGCCUCAUUGCUGCACAAUGCUCCAUUCAGUUGUACCUUGCCACACGAUCUGUCCUUUGCAGAAAAGUUCUUUUGAGGUCAAAGGUAUUUUUUCCCCCACAUCAAUCGAGCAGUGGUCAGCACAGAAUGUCCUGCAGGCCCUACAGGAGAUGAAGAUGGAUCAUGAGUGAUGGUUUUCUGAACAGAAAAUCUCAUUGCCACAACUCUCAGAUGAGCAACAAGACCUCACUUGGCUAGUAACAAGAGGGACUCUCCAUGUUAGUUCCUUCCUGCACAGCAGGACUUGCAAUCCCACCUCGUGCUGCCCUUGGUGACUGCACAACUGAUCAGAUGAUUGUCCACUGCAUUAUGGUCUGUGUUUGCCAAGUAGGCCUGGAAAGGGAUGCCAAGGUCUUUGUCAAGGAUCGUCACAGCGGACUCUCUGCUCUACAGGCCGUCCCCAGGGACACAGUCGGAGACAAAUAUCAACUGCCACUGGAAGGUCAUCAACUCGGUGAAAGAUGUCUUUGGUUUGCCCGCAAGUUGUUAGUUGGUCUUCCAGUGUAAUGAGAUCUUUGCAAGUGAAAGCUGCCGACUGGCACAUUUCAGGAGGCAGAAAUACUUGCUGAGGGAUGCACUGAAGCUCAGUGUAACCACUACAAAGGCUUGUAGAGAAGGACUGCAGUCUAGGGUCCUGCCAUCACUGGACACUGGGCCCUGUGUAACAGCCUUUCAAACAUUUCACCGAUGGAAUGUUUAAGGACUAAAAUGUUAAUUAGUUUACCACUAUAAGUGAAUGUAUUGAAUUGCCUGCUACAGUGAAUGAAGGUAAUAUUUGUAAUAUACUAUAAAUAAAGUAUAUUUGGGGAUGGGAACUGUCAAAAGCAUGGGUUUAGGGGAGAGACGGUGUUGGAGAGGUUGAGAAGUGAUGGUGUAUAUAAAUCCAUCCAGCUGUUUUGAUCAUUUGUAUAAGAUGAAAUUAUUUAUAAGCUUUGCUAUUACAUCAUGUAAUAGAACAAUAUGAUUGACUAUAAUCACAGUAUUUGAUAACUAGUUUAUUUUUUAAAUUCAGCUUUUUAAACCCGUAAAGUUACAGAAGCUCAAUUAUCCUGAAAUUUCAUGCUGCAUUACAGCCUCGCAUAAGUUCCAGUAGAUUUUUGAUGCAAAAUAUUAUGUAUUCCAGUCUGGGUUUAUUUUUUGUUUGAAAGUUGUUCUUUAAGACGAGCUGCCUGUUCCUCUAGCUUGAUCAGUGUUUGAAGUGCCUGGUCAUGUGCUUCAGUUGUCUCCAUCCAGGAUAGACUGAAGCCUCUGCUGCACAGUGUGGAGGCCCUGUCCUAUUCCUGCCCAGCUGCUGAGUGUUUCCCUGGGACCUGACAUCUGUUGUUUGAGUAUAGUUGCCACCUUUAUAGCUGUCUGUAUUGAAUUACUGUACUGCUUUGUCAUAUUUUGCAAGGCUUUUGGAAAAUGAUUAUUUGGACAUCAUAAAGUGUUCUUUGCACCUGCAAUAUUGUUCAGGUAGGUGCAUCGAUUGAAAUCGGAUUUAUUUCAUUAUUGUCAUAAAUCUGCAAAUUUUCUUCUGUGAGGGUGGAUUUGCAUGCAUCCGCGUACUUAUUUGCUGGAGCUUUAUUUGUGCAACAUGAUUACAAUUUGAAAUGCAUUGCUUGAUUGGUUGAUGCAAAGAGUCAAGGGAAUUAAAUAAAAAUGCAAAGGAAAUAUGUUUUGCAGGGAUCUGGAAAGCAACAGGCCCUUCAGUCCUGCUGUGGAUUGAUGACCGAUUUUACUACCUUAACUUUCCGGUAGCAUUCCCAUAAUCUAUUGAUUAAUGGAAUUUUGAAUACUUGGCUAUGUAUGCUCAAAAACUGAGCUUCUGCAACCCUCGGAGGUAUAGAAUUUCAAAGAAUUGCACCAUAUUUAAACAAAAUGUUCUAUGCCUCAGUCCAAAUUGGCUGUCUCUACGAUUUGCUUUUCUAAUUGUUUGCUGUGGCUACAUUUAAUCUUCUGUAUGGAGGUAGUGACAUCAAACGAUUUUGGGUGGAUAUAAAAGAAAAUCCCAGUGGCGCAGAAGGUCUGCCAAAUAUCCUGACAAAUACUUAUCACUCUUCAUCAGAUAAUUUGGUUAUCUUCUCACCGCAGUUUGUAGCACCUUAUGUAAAUUUACAUUACAGCAGUAAAUAUACACCAGAACUAUUUAAUUUGCUCAAGUGCUUUAGGCAUCACAGUCAUGAAAGGCACUAUCAUGUAGCUUCUUUCUCUGUGAUCUCUGCCUUCUAUCUGAAUUCACCCCAGCCUCGUUUUGUCAGGUUGGCCAAUUAACCUUUCCACUUAGCCUGUUUAGUGGGCUUACAAAUUUCUAUAGAUGUACAGUGGAGAGCAUCCUGACUGGUUGCAUCACAGCCUGGUAUGGAGCCUCUGUACACAAUGCACAGGAUUGCAAGAGGUUGCAGAGGGUUGUAGACUCAGCCAGCUCCAUCACGGCACAACACUUCCCACCAUCGAAGACAUCUUCAAGAGGUGGUGCCUCAAGAAGGCAACAUCCAUCACUAAGGACCCUCACCAUCAGGGAGGAGGUACAGGAGCCUGAAGACUCAAACUCAAUGAUUCAGGAACAGCUUCUUCCCCUCUGCCAUCAGAUUUCUGAACAAUACCCAUUAACACUACUUCAUUAUUCCUUUUUUGCACUAUUUAUUUAUUUUUGUAAUUUAUAGAUUUUUGCCUUUUCACUGUACUGCUGCCGCAAACCAACAAAUUUUACGUUAUAUGUCAGCGAUAAUAAACCUGUUUCUGAUUCUGUUGUGUCUUGCAGCAUAUUCUCAUUCAAGGAUAAGUCAGUAGAAAAUGCCCUUUCAUGUGUGGUGAGUUACCAGGUACUUUUUUAGGCAAUUGAAAAGUUUUAUGAAUUAACUGUGGAAUGGCUGGCAAUUAUUAUGCCCAUUAUCAUGGAAGGGAUGGAAUUAAGAUGGUCAUGUAUGGCAACUGCGAGUUGAGACUUUGCCAAAUAUUGUACAAAGUUUGCUUGUAACAAAACAAAGGUGGACCAUUUUUAUCAUGUUUAUAGCUGACCAGCUGUUGUGUUCCUCAUGAGGUGGUUAGUGUAUUGAACUGCAGUCACUAUUCCAAAGACAUUACCAACACCUUUCCAAGUCAUAAAUUGGGCUUUGUAUGUCUGUCAGCCUGUAAUGAGGCUCUUAGAUGUUAAAGAAUCUGAGGGCAAACCCAGUGAAUUUACUGUCUGGCUGUAGGGCUUCUGUACAGAAACAAAAUGCUGGAAUUGUCCUCAGUAUUUAUGGUUAUUGAUAUUUAUCACAUUUUGUCUGUGCAAGUAUCCUCCAGAUUUAAACUCAUCAGAAUGUUAGAAUAAAGUUCACAUUUUCUGAUACUGGGAGCCUUGUAUGUAGAGGAAAGACUGAAGAGAGUAAGUUUUUUUGCCUUUGUGCUUUUAGAACAAGCAUAGCAUUGUGAUGACUUUGCUUUUUAUUCUCCAUCUGUAAACUUUUCAAAAUCUAAAUCAU